CAGGAGGAGCCCGCGGGAGAGGAGCUCCGAGCCCCCCGCGCCGCAGCCGCCGCAGCCCUCGCGCCCCGCGCCCUCGAGCGCCAUGGCCAAGGAAGGCGUGGAGAAGGCGGAAGAGACGGAGCAGAUGAUCGAGAAGGAGCCCGGCAAGGAGCCGGCGGAGGGCGGCGGCGGCGCGCACCGACUCGGGGACGCCCAGGAGAUGCGCGCCGUGGUGCUGGCCGGCUUCGGGGGGCUCAACAAGCUGCGGGUCACCAGGAAGGCCAUGCCCGAGCCGCAGGACGGCGAGCUCAAGAUCCGCGUCAAAGCCUGCGGUUUAAACUUCAUUGACUUGAUGGUGCGACAAGGGAACAUCGACAACCCUCCCAAGACUCCCCUGGUGCCAGGCUUUGAGUGCUCGGGGAUUGUUGAAGCUUUGGGGGACAGCGUGAAAGGAUAUGAGAUCGGGGACCGUGUCAUGGCAUUUGUCAAUUAUAACGCCUGGGCAGAGGUGGUGUGCACGCCAGUGGAGUUUGUCUACAAGAUCCCAGACGACAUGAGCUUCUCCGAGGCAGCUGCGUUCCCCAUGAACUUCGUCACAGCCUACAUGAUGCUCUUUGAAGUUGCCAACCUCCGGGAAGGGAUGUCUGUGCUCGUGCACUCGGCUGGUGGCGGCGUGGGCCAAGCUGUGGCUCAGCUAUGUUCCACGAUCCCCAAUGUGACUGUCUUUGGAACAGCUUCUACUUUCAAGCAUGAAGCCAUCAAAGACUCCAUGACCCACCUCUUUGACCGAAAUGCAGACUACGUGCAAGAAGUGAAAAGAAUCUCUGCUGAAGGAGUGGACAUUGUUUUGGAUUGCCUCUGUGGGGACAACACUGGAAAAGGCCUCAGCCUUCUCAAACCGCUGGGAACCUACAUUUUAUACGGUUCAUCCAACAUGGUGACUGGAGAGACCAAGAGCUUCUUUAGCUUUGCAAAAUCAUGGUGGCAGGUGGAGAAGGUGAACCCCAUCAAGCUCUAUGAAGAGAACAAAGUCAUCGCGGGGUUUUCCCUUUUAAACCUGCUCUUCAAGCAGGGCCGCGCAGGCCUCAUUCGAGGAGUGGUGGACAAACUCCUAGGGCUGUACAACCAGAAGAAGAUCAGGCCCGUUGUGGACUCCCUGUGGGCUCUGGAGGAGGUGAAGGAGGCCAUGCAGCGGAUCCACGACCGGGGGAACAUCGGCAAGUUAAUUCUGGAUGUAGAGAAGACCCCGACUCCACUGAUGGCCAAUGACAGCACGGAGACCAGCGAGGCGGGAGAAGAGGAGGAGGACCACGAGGGGGACGGCGAGAACAAGGAGCGGAUGCCCUUUAUCCAGUAACCCAGGACCCAGCCGGGAGGGUGGAGGGUGCUUUGGAAGACGAGGAGCCGCCUGAGAAAGCUCUUCUGUGCCCCAGUGAACAAAUGCUGUAGUCCAGUGCGUGUCGUGUUUGUCUGCAGUCAGCUGAGCUAAAAAGCUUUUGGUCACUGUUGUUUUUGAAAUUAAGUGCCAAUCCCAUUCCAUGCAGUAUUAUGUCCCUCCCCCUCUGUGUAUUACACUGUCCCCUCUCCCCUGUUUCACAACCACCCGUCUUCGAGUCCUUCCCGACAGUUCUAGAACAGCCUAAUCAGUACAAGCCCACAGGCCCAGCGCCUGAGAGACCGGACAGGGGCAGAGACAAGUUUGGAUUGAAAGGUGUUAUCACAGAGCACGAAUCCAGAUCCUAGAAUCCUUCAGGCCAGUGGCACUUUUCGCUGCCAGCCACCCAUGCUUCCGAUACGAGCACUUGCCGACUUGGCUGGCGGAAAGAGGGUAGGCCGGACGAUCUCGUGAGCCCAUAAAUUUAGGAUCUCUCCAAAUAGCACUUCCCCUCUCCCCCAGCUUCCUUACGUUCAUUCAAUUGUGUCGUGGUCAGAAGACUGAACCACUGUCCUCUCACCUUCUGAUGCUCGAUCCCUUCACUGGUUCUUGUCCAUAAACAACAGGGAGACAGAUGUGAAGUUUUCAGGAUAAAAGGUGGGUCAACAGCAUGAGUUUGAGGACCAGCCAUAGAGAUUUUUUUCCUCUGAAACCACAUCUCAUGAGCAAAAUCCUCUCCUCUCCCACCACAUAUAUUGUGUUUUAGUUUUAAGAAAACUCAACACGUGUGGGACUAUUUUGGAAAUCAUUCCCGAGACUCGUCUGUGUUUGCACACUUGCUAUGGGCAUUGACCAAUUUUGCUAAAUUCAUUUCCUAGUAGUGAGCAGCCACCUUUACCGUGGAUCCCCCAAGGAAGACCUCCGUGGGAGACGAUAUUUGAAAAAAUAAAAAUAAAAAAUCAAUGAGCAUCCUUUUAUUUGCCAAAGCAUGUUCCAACAAUGUGACAAAUUCUAGUGGUACUAAGGUUGACAUUCUUAUCAGAUGCCAAACGUGUGGUUCCUCUCCUCUGAAAUAUAAAAUUAUGGUGCAGACUCUUUGCAGGGCCCCUGCAUUGGGGGAACUGGGGACCAAGCUACUUGAUUACACACUUUUUCAAUUUUCCAGCUCCUAAACUUUUAAGAAACCCUGCCCUUUGCCCUACCCACCCCCCUGGCAUGGCUGAGAACCGUUCCCCUGCAGAAAGAGAAAAAGAUUCAAUAUCUCCACAAGGGGGCUCCCUGUUCCCCACCCCCCAGUCCUUUUGUCCCAAAGGGUUGACCCCCAUCACUCAUAAACCAAGCUGGGAACACAAGAAACCCACACAAUCAGACCCCAACUCACUUUACAUCCUGGAAGGUAUUGCAGGGUCCCCAGAUUGCCCGAUCUCUCCACCAACGAGCCUUAGGGUAGACCCAACGCUUCCUCAAAGUGAUGGGAAUGAGCGCAUUUCAGCGAUUACCUAUUUUAUUUUUAAAGUCCUUUUGUAACAAAUGUCGCCUCAUUAAUCAUGUUCUUUUUUCCCCCUCACCCGAAGCUUGUGAUGAUGACCUACUCAUGCCAAAUACUGACCUGGAGGGAGAGUCUCUCGUGAAUGUACAUGUAACGUAUGAGGGUGGGAAAGGGCGCCGCCAUCUGAUGUGCAGAAAGAUGAGAGUUUCUCAAAGAAGACACCAUGUCCUCCUCUCGUCCUACCCCGGGACUCACCAGUAUUCCAGCCCGGUGCCAUUUAGAGAGAGAACGUUGAGGUUUUAUCCCAACACCUUUGCCAAAUGCUAAUAGUAUUGGUCAUGUUUCUCCCAUAACCACGCUGACAAUGGGGCGUUAAGAAGACCGUUUCUGCCAUUUCUAUCCAGCUACCCAAGUUCCGCUCCUGGUGAGCUGGACAGAAAGGGCAUCCCUAGGGCCAGAGGGGCAAACGGCCGCUGGCCUUCCCAGGCCUCUCCUCGGCCAGGGGAGUGGGAACGCCACCUUCGGAACCCAGGUGGCCUUUUUUACGUCCACAGGAGAAGCAUAAAGCCACUCCUCCCCAAAUCUGUUUUUUCAACUAGCAAAACGAAUACGGCCAUCACAAAUAAUGCCCGUUGGUUAGAGAAAACCCUUUCAUCUCCUUCGUAGAAUGGGAAGAGACAGCUAGUUUGACCAAGAGGAUCAGUGCAGGCCACGAAGGGCAGGAAAGGAUCGAAAGGCCUGUUGAAUGCACUCCCGCCUGAAGCGCCUUCUCUUGGAAGGGGGGGUAAAGCACGUCUCAGUUUGCCUUAAAGGAACUGUGAAGGCUUCUCUGUAAUCUAAGCUUGAUUGGAGUGAACUGAAACAUUGUCUAAUGUACUUGUGGCUUUAGAGCUUUUGUUAUAUUGUGCCUACAAAGCAAAUUAUGUUUACAUAAAAAAUAUAAAUAAAGUAUUCAGCAUAGCAUAUAA